AUGCCAGAGCAUUCCAUCAGCUUGAAGCGACGCAAUGUCUCUGAUAAUACAUCUGCAAUCCAACUUGCUGCUAUUAACCAAGAACUUUUCAGAAGAGGUAAAAUAUCCUUCGCAAAAAGAAAUGAAGGCCUUUUCGGAUCCAUAGGCUACAAUGGACAUUCUAGUGACAAGUGCGGGUCGAAUUUCGCGAAAAGCAGCAGCAAAAACUUGCGACUCUUUAAAAGGUCGGAUUACGGAAAAUACAUUCCUCUAAGGGAGACCAAAGAUAGUCUUUAUAUCGGCGAGAUACAAAUUGGAACACCUCCACAAACAUUUCAUCCUAUUUUCGACACGGGAAGCACAAACUUGUGGAUUGUUGGCUCGACUUGUAAGGACUCCUCUUGUUUGAAGGUGGCGCGUUACGACCCUUCACGUUCGGCCACGUUUGAAAACAUAAAAUCGCCCAUUAAGAUCCAUGUAAAGUUUGGUACGGGCGAGAUUGAAGGGUACCCAGCGAAAGAUACGGUAACACUGGGAGGAACUGUUGUCCCGAAUCAAGCUUUGGCUGUUGUGGAGUCUGAGGCAUCGGGAGGCGGAGGGGAUAACAUCUUCGACAAGAUAAAUUUUGAGGGUAUUGUCGGUCUCGCAUUUCCCGAAAUGAGUAGCGUGCCGGGAAUGCCAAUAUUCGACCACAUGGCUUUAUUAAAGAAUAUGAAGCACAAAGAAUUUGCCUUUUACAUAGGCGAAAACGAUGAGGGGUCCAAGUUGAUGUUCGGUGGUGUUGAUCCUCGAUAUUAUAUUGGUGAGAUCAAGAUGUUUCCGGUUGUUCGUGAGCAUUACUGGGAAGUCAAGCUGGAUGCCAUUUUUGUGGGUGACGAUCAAAUCUGCUGUGAGGGGAAAACAUCCUACCUCAUUUUUGAUUCGGGCACAUCGCUUAAUACCAUCCCGAGUACCUAUUUCGAACGCUUUAUGUCGUAUUUUACAAAUACGACGUGUAACGAGGCUAACGAAGGACGCCCUACGAUUACAUAUGUGCUGAACGGCGAGCGGAUCACAUUGGAACCACAUCAGUACAUGUUAAACCAAGGCGGACGCUGCAUACCUGCUUAUAUGCAGCUUGAUGUGCCGUCAGAAUUCGGUAACGCCUUCAUCGUUGGAUCCAACGCAUUUAUGAGGCAUUAUGUUACAGUUUACCAUAGAGGCACGAGUGGACAUAGCUCAAUGGUUUGUUUCCCCAAGUGUUUAAUACAACGCUUUAGGUCGGCAUAG